AUGGAAACCCAAUCCCCGGCCAGUUCUGCAGCUGAAAGGAAGAAGAAGGUGGAGACCAUCAUGACGACCAAGGGCUCCUCCGCCCGCACUGACAUCAGCGAAAAGGCAGUGGCCUCCAGUACGACGUCAAAUGAGGAUGAGAGUACAGGAGUUCUGUAUCACCGGGAGAGACGCAACGCUCUCACUGCUCAGAGCCCUUCUGCCGGCACUGGGGCCGGUAAACUGAAUGAGGAGCCAUCCACUUCCACAGAAGAGCGCCCCUCACUGGUGAAGAAGGAGCUUCACAGCUCCCUGCCACACCUAGCUGACCAUUCCCUGCCCUACCGUGGUACACUGUUUGCCAUGGAUCCUCGCAAUGGCUACCUGGACCCUCAUUACACUCCACCGCAGUUCUUCCCAGCAUUCCAUCCGCCUGUUCCCAUUGAUGACCGGCAUUCGCAGGGACGCUACAUCUAUGAGCCCUCUCCUGUGCCUCCCUUACACAUGCCUCCGACGCUGGCAGGCAGCCCCGCGUUCUCAGACAUCUCCCUCAUACGCAUUUCACCCCACCGAAAUCCUUCAGUGGGCGCAGAGUCUCCCUUCAACCCUCCACACCCUUACAUCAACCCCUAUAUGGACUACAUUCGCUCGCUACACAGCAGUCCCUCCCUCUCCAUGAUCUCUGCAGCCAGGGGCCUCAGCCCCGCCGACGCCCCCCACACAGGUCUGACCACGGCAGAGUACUACCACCAGAUGGCACUGUUAGCGGGUCACCGCAGUCCCUACACUGACAUCCUUCCAUCCGCAGCGUCGACGGCUGGAGCGGGGAGCAGCGCCUUGCAUAUGGAGUACCUCCAGGCCAUGGAAGCAAGCUCUCGUUUCCCCAGUCCCAGGCUCUCAACAAGACCCAGUCGGAAACGCGCCCUUCCCAUCUCUCCUCUUUCGGACCCAAACUUUGACCUGCAGGCCAUGAUUCGCACCUCUCCCAAUUCCCUGGUCACCAUCCUCAACAACUCCCGCUCCAGCUCCUCAACCAGCGGCUCCUACGGGCACCUCUCCGCUGGCACUAUCAGCCCGGCGUUGAGUUUUGCUUACCCGCCAACUCCCGUGGCGCUGCAGAUGCACCAGCAGUUUAUUAGCAGGCAGCCGGGCAUCGUGGGAUCGGCAUUUGGGCACAGCCCACCCCUCAUUCACCCCGCGCCAGCCUUCGCCACCCAGCGCCCUGUGCCUGGCAUUCCUCCAUCCGCCCCAGCUACCACAGAACGCUCCGCAGCCUCAAACGACACGCAGAGUAAACCGACCAGUGAGUCUGCAGUGAGUAGCACGGGAGAUCCUAUGCAACACAAACGCUCCAAAAUCAAACCUGACGAGGAACCACCCAGCCCCGGAGCCGGGAGUGUCCAGGAACAGCCGGAUGGUAUGACUCUGGUGAAAGAGGAAGGGGAUAAAGAUGAGAGUAAACAGGAACCUGAGGUGGUAUACGAAACCAACUGCCACUGGGAGAGCUGCUGCAGAGAGUUUGAUACCCAGGAGCAGCUUGUCCAUCACAUAAACAAUGACCACAUCCACGGAGAGAAGAAGGAAUUUGUGUGCAGAUGGGAAGAGUGCUCGCGGGAACAGAAGCCCUUCAAGGCUCAGUACAUGUUGGUGGUUCACAUGCGCAGACACACCGGAGAGAAACCACACAAGUGCACGUUCGAGGGAUGUUCUAAAGCUUACUCCCGAUUGGAGAAUUUGAAGACUCACCUGCGUUCUCACACAGGGGAAAAGCCCUAUGUGUGUGAGCAUGAAGGCUGCAACAAAGCCUUCUCCAAUGCCUCAGACAGAGCCAAACACCAGAACCGAACACACUCCAAUGAGAAACCUUACGUCUGUAAAAUUCCUGGCUGUACGAAGCGUUACACAGACCCAAGCUCUCUACGGAAACACGUCAAGACAGUUCACGGCCCUGAGGCCCAUGUCACAAAGAAACAGCGUGGAGAUGCCUACCCACGUCCUCCACCACAGCCCAGGGAGCCUGGAGCCAAUGGCCAAGGUCGAUCGCCUGGGCAGUUGCACCUGGGUGGGUUCGCUGACCAAAGGGAGUACAAUCAUGCUACCUCGAAACAAGAUGAAUGUCUGCAGGUGAAAUCAAUCAAGACAGAGAAGCCAAUGACGUCUCAGCCAAGCCCUGGCGGUCAGUCUACAUGCAGCAGUGACCAGUCCCCCGGCAGCGCCCAUCCCAACCGUGGAGUCCAGCUUGCUGUGAAUGGCGGUGGCCUUGUGGGGGAGGUGGUGGUGGAGGACCAGGAGGAUGAGGAGGAAGAGGAGGAUGGGGAGGGGGAGGAAGAAGACGCACCUAUCAUGGACUCUACCAUCUCCACGGCAACGUCAGCAGCAGCCGCGUUGGCCAUGCGGACGCGUCGAACCGUAGGGCGUCCGCUGCGCUGGAUGGAGCAUGUUAAGAUGGAGAGGCUGAAGCAGGUUAACGGAACCUUACCCAGGAUGGGCCAUGUGUCCCCCACACUGCCACCUAAAGGCCAAGCCCUGCCCACCAUAACUGGGAAGGGCUCAUGUCUGGGCAGGAACAAUUGUGGGGGAGGUCCAGUACCUCAGCCACCACCCCGUCUGGAUCCUUCAAGCACGGAGCUGACGGUGCUGAACCUUUUACGGGACCGCAGGGACAGUGGUGGCAGCACCACCAGCUCAGCCUACCUUAGCAGUAGCCGUCGCUCAUCCGGUAUCUCACCCUGCUUCUCCAGCCGACGCUCUAGCCAAGCUUCCCAGUCGGAGUUUAGCCAGCACCGACGCCUCCACAACCUCAGCGCCACCGAUUCCUAUGACCCUAUAUCCACUGAUGCCUCCCGGCGCUCCAGUGAGGCCAGCCAGUGUGGAGGUGGCCUAGGUGGAGUAGUUUUGGGUGGUGGCAGCUGUGGAGGUCCUGGAGGUGGAGGAGGAGGAGGUGGAGUGGGGUCACGAGGCAUGCUCAACCUGACCCCAGCGCAGCAUUAUCACUUGAAAGCCAAAUACGCGGCUGCCACUGGCGGACCUCCUCCGACGCCACUGCCCAACAUGGAGCAGAUGAGUCUGAAGACCCGCAUGGCCAUGAUGGGGGAUGGCCAGAAUGCAAGCCCCCUCGCACUACCCCCUCUAGUUAGGCCACGCCGAUGCAGCGAUGGCACUGCCAACGGCCAUGGUAGUCACGCAGACUACAGACGAAGGGGCUUCUAUCCUGGAGAUGGCCCUGGCAACGGUUACAGGAGGGCCAGUGACCCUGUUCGGACACAGGGUAACAAUGCAUUUGGCCAACCCCAGGUACAGCGCUUCAACAGCUUAAAUAACAUGCACUUCUUACCUCCGCUGUCUGGUAAGCAUUACUCCCCUGUUGAGGGCAGAGUCCUAAGCCUGCAGAACAACACACGCUCAGAUGGGAACUUACCACAUAGUCUCCACUCUCCUUGCCCUCCCAGCAUAAUGGAGCACUCAGCACUGGAGGCCCAAGCCAUGGAGGAGGAAGAGGCCCUGAUGCUGCAUGAUGAAGACAUGUUUCCUGAUGAUCUGGUACAAUAUCUUCGCUCCCGUGACCAGGAAUCUGCAUCCAGUCAGCAGAACCACAACGGAGAGUCCUGUCUCCAUAAAUGUGACUUUGACCAUCUCCAGGUUUCUUGUGAGGUCCAGACCUUCCAGAGUCCACUACAGCAGCAUGGGUCUCCGGAAAGACAGAGUCCCAGUAAAGCUGGCAUGCCAAUUCAGUGGAAUGAAGUGAGCUCUGGAAGUGCUGAAGUUUCCCCACCCAGGCAACAACAAUUACAGAGAUGUGGUAGACGGCCUGACCAGAGUGGCGUAGUUGGUGGAGUUUUUGGUCGGAGUAGCAACUUAGUUGUUCAGACACAGCAACCCACUACAGAUUUCACAAACCAGUGUCCCUCCCUUCAUCUGAGCAACGGUUUCAGGUACACAGAUCCAUGCAGGCAAGAUGCCAAGGCAACACAGCAACAAUCCUGCAGAAUGAACUUUGGAAUGAAAUCAGAGGUGGCCCCUAUGUCCUGUUUGGAGACAAGGAGGGGCAGUUCAGUCUUUAGUCGGCCAGACUUUUCUCAGAUCUCCUUGGGACCAAUCCGUCAAAACUGUGCUCAGCAGUCCUCCACAACUCCCAGUCACUUCCAGCAGAACCAUGUGAUCACACAACAGAUCGGAGAUAACCUGCUUCUUCAAGGACCUGCUGCCAACAACCCAGCCCAGGCUCUGUUCUCUCCUCACCAAUCCCAAGCUCCAGCCAGCAGCAGCUAUCGAAGCUCAGUACGACCAUCACAAUACCCCUGUCAACAGAAUAUUGGCAGCCACCAAGUCAGCUCAUGCCAGCAGCAGAACUGGAGGAAUGGUAAUGGGACAAACUGCUCACUAGCUAAUCAAGUUUCCGGACUGAAGCUUGAAUCUGAAGACCAACUUCAGAUGAACCCAUGUUCCUCCACUCACCGGCUUCAGCAGCAGGAGGCAGGCUUCAUCGCUGAAUGCUUUGAUCUGUCUGAGCCCAAGCCCUCUUCUUUCGAUGUUCUGGAGGAGUCAUGCUUGGUGGAGUCAGUUAGGGCAGAAACUGGGGGAACUGGUGGACCCUCAAACGCUCUUCUGUCUCCCGGCGCUGACCAAGUGACCAGCACAGUUGACAGCAGUCCUGUCGACAACAUUUUGGAUAACGUGGGCCUAGAUUUCUCUUCAAUCCUGGAGGAUGGUUGCGAUCAAGGCAGCUUGGUCUCAGGCGUCAUCAGCCCCAGCAUCUUCCAGGGCCUGUCACGGACUUCCUCCCGUCUGACGACCCCUCGCCUAUCAUCCACAUUCCACAACGUGCCUCCUGGUGUUAACAACAUGGCUAUUGGAGAUAUGAGCUCCCUCCUCACCACCCUUGCGGAGGAGAGCAAAAUUUUAGCUAUCAUGCAGUAG